AUGGCGAUGCGCAGGGCCGCCGGCCUUGCGGCGGCUCAGGUGGCCCGGUCGCUGAGGAAUGCAGCCCUGAAUGGCGUCGGCCUGCGCGCAACCCAUGUUUGCUGGGGCUGCUCGAUCGGCGAGGCGGCGCCAGCGGCGAUGUCCGCAGCGCGGAUCGCCGACCCGGUGAUCUCCCGCGGCUUCGCCGCCGAGCCGGCCGUGGCGACCUCGGAGGCGACCGGUCGGGUCACCCAGGUGAUCGGCGCCGUUGUGGACGUGCAGUUCGAGGGCGAGCUGCCGCCGAUCCUCAGCGCGCUGGAGGUGGAGGACUCGGAGCACCGGCUGGUGCUGGAGGUGGCCCAGCACCUGGGGGAGAACACCGUGCGGACGAUCGCCAUGGACAGCACGGACGGACUCAUCCGCGGCCAGGGCGUCUUCAACACUGGGUCGCCGAUCAACAUCCCUGUCGGAAGGGAGACUCUGGGGCGCAUCAUGAACGUUGUGGGCGACCCGGUCGAUGAGGCGGGACCUGUAGUGAGCAAGAGCCAGCUCCCUAUCCAUCGUGACGCGCCUUCAUUUGUUGAGCAAGGCACCCACGUCGAACCCCUGGUGACGGGUAUCAAGGUGGUGGAUUUGCUGGCUCCGUACCAGAAGGGUGGGAAGAUCGGCCUGUUUGGUGGUGCUGGAGUGGGGAAGACAGUGCUCAUUAUGGAGCUCAUCAACAACGUUGCAAAGGCACAUGGUGGCUUCUCAGUGUUUGCUGGUGUUGGUGAGCGCACACGAGAGGGCAACGAUCUCUUCAAAGAGAUGGUUGAAUCUGGGGUUAUUAAACUGGGUGAUCAGCGAGCAGAGAGCAAGUGCACGCUGGUCUAUGGCCAGAUGAAUGAGCCUCCGGGUGCCCGUGCACGGGUUGCACUCACAGGCCUCACUGUUGCCGAGCAUUUCCGGGAUUCUGAAGGGCAGGAUGUGUUGUUUUUCGUGGACAACAUCUUCCGUUUCACGCAGGCAAACUCUGAAGUGUCUGCUUUGCUGGGUCGCAUCCCCUCCGCUGUGGGGUACCAGCCAACCUUGGCCACGGAUUUGGGCAACCUCCAGGAGAGGAUUACCACCACCAAGAAAGGCUCUAUCACAUCGGUGCAGGCUGUGUACGUGCCUGCUGAUGAUCUCACGGAUCCUGCCCCUGCCACCACAUUUGCACACUUGGAUGCCACCACCGUGUUGGCGCGGCAGAUCGCAGAGCUGGGCAUCUACCCAGCCGUGGAUCCCCUGGAUUCCACAUCUCGUUUGCUGGACCCCAGGAUCAUUGGGCAGGAGCAUUAUGACGUGGCCCGUGGUGUGCAAAAAGUUCUUCAGGACUACAAGAAUCUGCAAGAUAUCAUCGCCAUCCUGGGUAUGGACGAGUUGUCUGAAGACGACAAAAUGACCGUUGCGCGUGCAAGGAAGAUCCAGAGGUUCCUCAGUCAGCCGUUUGCCGUUGCUGAAGUGUUUACGGGCACAAAGGGGAAGUAUGUGCCUCUCGAGGAGACGAUCUCCGGGUUCAAGGGUGUGCUGGAUGGCAAGUACGACGACCUUCCAGAGAUGGCGUUCUACAUGGUGGGCAACAUCGAUGAAGUUCAGGAAAAGGCGGAGAAGCUCGCCAAGGAGAUGGCUGCAAGAUAG